AUUUCUUUCCUGAAUUUACCGACCAAUUGAUAACCCUCCCUCCCUCCUACUCAUAGAGUCUCAGGCUAUUCUACCUCGGUCCAGGCCCUUGAAGAAUCCUCAACCAUUAACUGAUCUCUACUUUGUCACUCCAAGAACUCUUAGCACCAUCGCUAUCAUCCUCUCACCGUCUAACCCACUUCCACAACCUGAGACACACCCACCUUCCUAGCUUUUUCCCAAAGGCCAACCAACCAACCAAACUGAUAGACAAAAAGGAAAACAAAUCAAACGGUUAAUACAGCAUGUAUCCCUUCCCUUGCUGCUCCUCCUCCACUUCCAGUAUUCUGGGCCUUCUUGUUCUACUUCUCACUACUAGAGGUAUUUCGGCUGCUACAUUCACUUUUGUGAACAGAUGUGACUACACUGUAUGGCCUGGCAUUCUCGCUAAUGCAGGCAGCCCUAGACUCGAUAGCACCGGAUUCGAGCUCCCAAAGGAAACUUCACGUUCCUUCCAAGCUCCCACCGGCUGGUCUGGUCGGUUCUGGGCUCGGACAGCGUGCAACUUCGACGGAUCCGGGUCAGGGUCGUGCCUCACGGGCGACUGUGGCUCCGGCCAAGUCGAGUGCAACGGACUGGGAGCCGCCCCACCCGCCACCCUCGCAGAGUUCACGCUUGGUUCGGGUGGGCAGGACUUCUAUGACGUUAGCUUGGUGGACGGAUACAACCUUCCCAUGAUAGUGGAAGGCACCGGCGGGGCUGGUGUCUGCGCUUCCACCGGUUGCGUCACGGAUCUGAACCAACAAUGCCCAUCGGAGCUGAGGGUCGGAAGCGGGGACGCGUGCAAGAGUGCGUGCGAGGCGUUUGGAAGCCCCGAGUACUGUUGCAGCGGCUCUUAUGCUACACCCGCCACGUGCAGGCCGUCGGUGUACUCUGAGAUGUUUAAGGCUGCUUGUCCGAGAUCGUAUAGCUACGCCUACGAUGACGCUACGAGUACGUUCACGUGUUCCGGUGCGGAUUAUACUGUGACAUUUUGCCCUUCCUCCCCCAGUCAGAAAUCUACGAAAGAUCCAACACCAAUGACGUCAACCACACCGCAGGGAUCCGGGUCAGGAUAUUCUGUUUCGGGUUCAGGGUCCGGUUCAGGAUCAGAAAGCGGUUCAGGAUAUUCGGUUCCUGGGUCAGGAUCAGAAUCAGGGUCAGGAGCCGGAGAAGCCUUGAUGACAGAUGGGUCAUGGUUGGCAGGUUUGGCCAUGGGAGACUCAUCAAGAACACACUCUCCCUCAACAGUACAGUCUGCAUUGAUAGCCUUUGCAACUUUGUCGCUUGCUCUCGCAUUCCAUAAUUUGUAGCCCUUCCCUAAUGUCUUUCCUCAAAUCACGGCCUUUUUGCUGUGUUGUGAGUGCGUUUCAGUUAAGACUUGCAGCCUUUGCGGCUACUGGGGCUUUUUGGCCUUUUGCCUGGAAAGCUGGUAGAUUCCUGCAGAUUGUAAACCAACCAUCCACUCCUCGGCCCCCCCCCUUUUUUAAAAAAAAAAAAUUCGGUGUAUUAUAACUUAAAGUGUUUGUUUUUAUAUUUAUUUUUGAGAUUUUCAUUGGCUUUUACCUCGGACUCAAGCUUUUUAAGGUUCUGCGUCGUAGUGGAGUGCAAAAGCAAUAAAUGAGAACCGAGAACAAAUUUCCGAUUU